AUGCUUCGUGAAACAUCCUUAGCCGUCUUGGCCGCUUCAUGGGUCGUCCCGUGCCUGGGAACUGCUGAUCCUCAAAGGCCUUUACUAAAAGACUUUGACGCUCUCGGAGCUUGGUACAAGGACGUGGCCUCCAUCAAUGCAACGACAUCCCUUCAAGAUGUCGAGAAAGCGAAGAACACAUCCAUUGCCAUUGUUGGCGCCGGUAUCACUGGCUUAGCCACUGCCCUGUUCCUAGACAGCGUCGGUGUCCGCAACUGGGAGAUACUGGAGGCCAGUCAUCAGGUUGGCGGACGUCUGCGGACGCUCUACGUCGGCGAUACUCAGGAAUGGGCAGAGAUGGGACCCAUGCGGCUCCCGUAUCGGAUCAAGUACAAGAGUGACAACGCUACACUCGAGUACUCGGACCAUGCCAUGACUUUCCAGUUGGCAGACUGGGUCAAUGAGCUGAAUCAAGGCAGCCAUGAUGACCUCAAGGUCACCUUCAUCCCUUGGAUCCAACACUCGCCAAACGAGUUGCUUGGUCUCGGCACUGGCCGGCAUCCCGAUGGCAGCAUUCCUACACGAGCAGAGAUUGCCGCAGACUCCAGCCUGGGCAAACCAGCUCCGUUAGACACGGAAGAGUACAAGUCCACCAAGGCAAAGAUGAACGAGAUCCUCCUCAAUGAAGCGACCCUCAGACAGAUCCAGAGAGAUCCGUGGGGCGUUCAUGGCCGCGUCAUGAAGCAGGGCCUGGACGACAUAAGCCAGCAAAGCAUGAUGCGCAACUUUUGGAACGCGAGCACUGAGGUGGUAGAUGCCGUACAUGGAGCGACUGAUUAUGAUGUCUUUUGGGAUGAGAUGCACCACAACUCAAACCUCGCCCAAGACGGCAGCAAGAGCACGCUUGGUGAGACGGAGUGGCGAUGUGUCGACGGUGGCUUCAGCCGCCUCUCGAAUGCCAUUCUCCCUCAUGUCCAAGACCGCCUGAUCCUGGAUCGCCAGGUCCGCAAGAUCGAAGCCGUCAAGGACGAGCAAGGCAAAACCACGACGGGCACCAAGAUUUCCUGGGUUGAUGUCGAUGCCAACAGAACGCAGACGAAGCCGCAGCCCCAAGAAAGCAAGAACUAUGACUACACCAUGCUCACAGCCCCCUUCACCAUGACGCGGCUGAUGAGUCUUCCGCAGUUCUCGCCGACCCUCUCGCGGGCCAUGGCUGAGCGCGGUCUCCGCUUCAAGGACGCCUGCAAGGUCGCGUUGCUCUUCAGCGAGCGCUUCUGGGAAAAGGGCGAGCGCCCCAUCUUCGGCGGCUACUCGACGCCGCCUGAUGCCGCCGUCGGUGCUCUCUACUACCCAGUCUACGGGCUCAAUGAGACGGGCCGCCCGGGCCUGAUCAUGCACUACCGCGGCGGCGACUGGAGCAGCCGCUUCGCAAGUCUCAGCGAAGAGCAGCAUGUGGGCAUGGUCCUUGACGCCAUCGCCUCGCUGCAUGGCGAAGAAGUCCGUGAGCUGUAUACGGGCGAGUAUGAGCGUUUGUGCUGGCUCGACGAGCCCUUCAUCGCCACGGCAUGGACGCGUCCAGACGUGGCACAGCACGCUUUGUACAUCCCGGCGUACCACAGGACCGAGUCCAAUGUCAUCGUUCUUGGAGAGCAUACGGCGCCUACCCACGCCUGGAUCAGCUCCUCGCUCUACUCGGCCGUUCGUGGUGCAGUUCAGCUCCUUCUAGAGAUUGGGCUAAUUGACGAGGCCAAGGAACUUAACCAACGAUGGAUGGGCCGAUGGGUAAAGACGGAGUAG